AGUGCGCCGGCGCACGGCGAGACCGGGUCCGCGAGGGCCGAGGCUGGGUGCGGUGGGGCGGGGCCCCCUCGUGCAGCGGUGCGGCAGUGGCGAAGCCCCGGGCAGUUGGGGCGCAGGGCGGAGAGAAUGGGGCGUCCAAGGUGUUAGACGGCUCUCAGCUCUCUGUGUGCAGCCGUCGUUUCUUGGCGCGGCCCGUGUGAUGGUGCCCGGAGGAAGGAAGCGCCGUGACAGCGCCUCAGUCGGAGCCCGGGUUCCGGGGGUGAGGAGGCCCGGGGACGGCGGAGCUGGCGAGCUGGCCGCUGGCUGGGCGAGCGGUCACAAUAGGAGGCGGCGGCCCAGCAAGAAGCCGCGGGAGCAGCCCCGCAGGGCGGAGCCUCCCCUCACAGGUACUGGCAGCCAUGGCCGUUGGUUCCCGCGCGAGGGCGGGACGGGCCUCGGGCCGGUGGUAGCCGUGGGAGGUUUGGCCCGAGUGCCCCAGCUUCUUUGUUCCCGCAGCGGCGGCGAGGCGUGCGAGCCCUGUUCCCUCUCCUCCCAAAGUGAAGAUAGUCCGAGUCCUAAGAGACAGCGCCUCUCUCAUUCAGUCUUUGAUUAUACAUCAGCAUCACCAGCUCCCUCACCACCAAUGCGACCAUGGGAGAUGACAUCAAAUAGGCAGCCCCCUUCAGUUCGACCAAGCCAACAUCACUUCUCAGGGGAACGAUGCAACACACCUGCACGCAACAGAAGGAGUCCUCCUGUCAGGCGCCAGAGAGGAAGAAGGGAUCGUCUGUCUCGACAUAAUUCCAUUAGUCAGGAUGAAAACUAUCACCAUCUCCCUUAUGCACAGCAGCAAGCAAUAGAAGAACCUCGAGCCUUCCACCCUCCGAAUGUAUCUCCCCGUCUGUUACAUCCUGCUGCUCAUCCACCCCAGCAGAAUGCAGUAAUGGUUGACAUACAUGAUCAGCUCCAUCAAGGAACAGUCCCUGUUUCCUAUACAGUAACAACAGUGGCACCACAUGGGAUUCCACUCUGCACAGGCCAGCACAUUCCUGCUUGCAAUACACAACAGGUCCCAGGAUGCUCUGUGGUUUUCAGUGGACAACACCUCCCUGUUUGUAGUGUGCCUCCUCCAAUGCUUCAGGCAUGUUCAGUUCAGCACUUGCCAGUACCAUAUGCUGCAUUCCCACCUCUCAUUUCUAGUGAUCCAUUUCUUAUACAUCCUCCUCACCUUUCUCCCCAUCAUCCUCCUCAUUUGCCACCACCAGGCCAGUUUGUCCCUUUCCAAACACAGCAAUCACGAUCGCCUCUGCAGAGGAUAGAAAAUGAAGUGGAACUCUUAGGAGAACAUCUUCAAGUAGGAAGUUUUACUUAUCCCCCAUCAGCCCAUCCCCCAACAUUACCUCCAUCAGCUCCUUUGCAGUUCUUGACACAUGAUCCUUUGCAUCAGGAGGUGUCCUUUGGAGUACCUUAUCCUCCAUUUAUGCCUCGGAGGCUCACAGGACGUAGUAGAUAUCGAUCUCAGCAGCCAAUACCACCUCCCCCUUACCAUCCCAGCUUACUGCCAUAUGUGUUAUCAAUGCUUCCAGUGCCACCUGCAGUGGGCCCAACUUUUAGCUUUGAAUUGGAUGUGGAAGAUGGAGAAGUAGAAAAUUAUGAGGCCCUCUUAAACCUGGCAGAGCGACUGGGAGAGGCUAAACCUCGAGGACUGACUAAAGCAGAUAUUGAACAACUUCCUUCUUAUCGGUUUAAUCCUAACAAUCACCAGUCAGAACAGACUUUGUGUGUAGUAUGCAUGUGUGAUUUUGAGUCAAGGCAGCUACUUAGAGUCUUACCCUGUAACCACGAGUUCCAUGCCAAGUGUGUUGACAAAUGGCUUAAGGCAAAUCGUACUUGCCCAAUUUGCCGAGCUGAUGCUUCAGAAGUGCAUCGGGAUUCAGAAUGACCAACCUAAGAGCACAAAUUUAGUUUGGGUGUUCCUCAUCACAUGUAUAUACGGACUAUCCAUUGAACUUAAUCUGUGUGGCUUCCAGCCCUCCCUUUACCAAAAGGGUCAAUGGACCUUUCUU